UAUAAUGGGUUCUGUUUGAAUCAACAAUUUAGCCUUUAAUUUAAGGAACAUAAGCUUGAGCCUAUUAUCUACUCAAAUGUAAGAAGCUGCAAGCAUGAAUUCCACAGCUGUUUGGGUGAUGUUAGUGUGUAUACUACAAACAUCUCAAGUCCUAUGCCAAGGAAAUAAUGCAUGUCGAGAGCCACUCAUUACUGGUGGGAGGUACAGAGUGGAGGAUGAACAGUUCACGGCCAGUUCAAGCUUUUCUGAAGACUACCUUCCCCACGAAGCUAGGCUGGGGGGAAAAUCGUGGUGUGCAAAAAAUAAUAAUACGGGAAGCUGGAUUCAAGUUGAUUUCAAAGCAGAUGUCAUAAUUCAAGAGCUACAGAUAGGAGGAGAUGGAGGACUAUACCAGUUCUAUCUCAAUCAGUUCACAAUAGAGCAUGGUCCUAACAGUGACCAGUUGAGCAGCAUUCUCCAAGCUAAUUCCACUGACCCGAUGGUCUUCACUAGACCAGACUCUCCCGAUGUCAGCACGACAGUCCUACCCACCCCCCUCACCACUCGAGUAUUGAGGAUUGUCAGUGUGGUUCAUAGUGGAGCAGAGCCUUGUUUGGAUAUGGAGGCACUUGGCUGUGUCCUAUUUCUAGAUACCACACAAAUUAUAUCAACAACCUCUCCCCAACAAAUUGAGGAUGCUAUGUCAGUAGCAAUGCCAGUCAGUGCUGGGAACACAGGAGCCAUUGUGGGAGCGGCAGUGGGUGGAGCUACCUUCGUACUUGUGAUCUUAAAUGUUACUAUCAUCAUACUAGUUGUGUGCCUACUAGUUAAAAGGAAAAAGGAGAGAAAUAUCAGGACUGAGGCUACGCCAGGAUCCAGUACUGUGCAGAUUGCUGAAAAUAAGACAAAUUCAGAAGGGAUCCGGUCUCCCAAUACCCUAGAAAACAUAAGUGAAGUCUACUCAGAACCUACGGCAAUAGUCUACGAGCCAAUUACGAUUACAACUUUAAAUCCACCCAACAUAUAUGAAAGCAUUAACAUCCCCGACCUCGAAUAUGCACAAGUAGAUACCAUGAACAGUGGUUACAGCAAUGCGGAGGAGAGGGAUGAUGAUACGACUAACGGGAAUUUGGUGGAGAAUGGAGCUACUAGUUUACCAGAGGCAGAGGAUGGAUAUGAACCUAUGUGGCCGUCUACUCAGAACCUACGGCAAUAGCAUACGAGCUAAUUACGAUUACAACUUUAAAUCCACCCAACAUAAUUAUAUGAAAGCAUUAACAUCCCUGACCUCGAAUAUGCACAAGUAGAUACCAUGAACAGUGGUUACAGCAAUGCGGAGGAGAGGGAUGGUGAUACGACUUACGGGAAUUUGGUGGAGAAUGGAGCUACUAGUUUACCAGAGGCAGAAGAUGGAUAUGAACCUAUGUGGCCGUAACAUAUGCUCUCAAGUUGGAUAUAAUGAGAAAUAUUUUUGCGAUCAUUCUACUGCUUAUUCUACACAUUUUUGGAUAAUUUUACUGUUUUUUGUAAUUA